CCUUCUUAUGACAAGUAAGAGCCAAUACAGAACAAGUGAAAUAGAUCCCAAGUAAUCCCUUUUCUUCUCUGAAAAGUAUUAUUGCCCAAGUCUUUUCCAGGAGUAUGUAGCUUCCCUUUUUGCAAACAAUAAUUCUUAUUUAGAAGUUCUCUGAUGUAUUAUAGUCUUUGUAAUGUUACUGCCUUCUUCUUUGAAACCUUCUCUUGGAUUUUGGGCAAGGCAGCAUGCACCUCUUCAAGCUGUAGGAGUGCAGAAUCUUCAAGCAAUAAAAUCAUUUUGUGGCUGUGUGAGGCUUAGCUGAGGAUUCAAGACCAUGGUGCUUUCAUAAGCAUCAAAGCCAGAGAGAGACGAAUUUUUUGAUGACCCCUUAGUCCUGAGGACUUAUUAGCUCAUAGUGGCAAGAGGGAGAGACAUAGAUGGAGACAGCAUCAUGUUUUUGUUUCCUGAACAGUCUUAGUUUUAAACUUUCUGUCAACACUGGAUGUUGCCUGAAAGCCACCAGCUGACCAUCAAUGAUCAGUCUGACCUUGUGUCAGAUGCUGCGGAACUUCCCAGAAUUAAUCUCUGCUUCGAGCCUAGUAGAUGCUGGUGAACUAAAGCACAUCUCUUAGAAAAAUACACAAUCUUGAUUUCAAAUUUUCCAGCGAUGCUGAACCUACCACAGCCUUUGGUCAUUGCUCAAAAAAUACUGAAUUUUCUAGGGCCCAAAUUUGGCUUCUGGGGCACCUCUGUGAAGUAAGAACUCCUGCCAUGUGUUGGUUUCAUGGAAACAAAAUCAAAUUGAUUGUGCUGACUGGGGGGCCACUCAGCGGGACCUACAGGCUGCGCCAGAUUCACUUCCACUGGGGAUCCAAUGAUGAAGCUGGCUCUGAGCACACGGUGGAUGGGAUGAAGUAUGCGGCAGAGCUUCAUGUGGUCCAUUGGAAUGCAGAGAAGUAUUCCAGUUUUGUUGAGGCAGCUUGUCAGUCAGAUGGACUAGCAGUCAUGGCUGUAUUUCUGAAGAUUGGUGAAUGCAACCCUCAGCUGAACAAGAUUACUGACCGCUUGGACACCAUCAGAAUCAAGGGAAAAAAAGCACUAUUCACAAACUUUGAUCCCAGCUGUCUGCUUCCCAAGUCCCUGGACUACUGGACUUACUUUGGCUCUCUCACUGUUCCACCUCUUCUUGAGAGUGUCAUCUGGAUUGUUCUGAGAGAGCCCAUAAGUGUUUGUUCUGAACAGCUGGCCAAAUUCCGCAGCCUCUUGAGCACUGCUGAGGAUGAGGCCGCCUGCUGCUUGCUGAGAAACUUCCGGCCUCCCCAGCCUCUAAGGGGACGAGAAGUCAGAAGGAAUUGAAGGAGUAAAUCCAGAGUAGGCUCCCUCUGAAACCAAAGGCCAAAUUCAUUUUAAUAGUUAUUAUACUUUGUGAUGUUUAAUUUCUUUUGUGAGUUGUUUUUAACCAAUAGGUGUUGUUUUAUUAGUGGUUUCCAUGCAGUCAUUUCUCACACACGUAUGUCUGGAAUUAUCACAGGUUCAUUGAUGUUAACAGGUCUGACUGGGUUUGAGUGCAUUGUCUUGGAAGUACUGAGCCAUCAGCAUUGCAUACACAGAGGUCACUGCUAAUCAUAAGGGACAAAAAUGGUGAAGGAGUUGCCCAGAUUUUGCCACCAAAUUACUGAACAGGAUCCUUGGUAUUAUUGAUCAAGUAUAGGAUGUUUUGGGAUUAUUCUUCUGGUCUCUCACAUAACAUUUAGCUUCUGUAUAAACCUCACAUUGCAGUUCUCAAGGAAAAAAGUUUCAAGGAUGAUGUAAUUUCAUUGCUGACUUCUGCAAUACCAUAUUUACUUUCCUACAAAAAGUACUAAUGACUAGCAGCAUUUAAGUAGGACAGAUAUUUAUAUGAUCCUGUUAUUCUGGCUGCUUCAUAGCAGUAAUCAUGUACUGAUUGAUAGUUUUUAAAAAAGCAAAUAGUAAGGAUUUUGUAUAUUGCAAGAUCAUGUCAGGUAGAGUAGGUAUUCCUGAAUUUCACAAUGUCACAAGAUGAAAUUGUCCUGAAACCUGAAAACUGCAAGGUGGAAGGGCGUAGAGGGAGCUGUUUGUGCCUAAAUCCAGUUUGUUGCACUUGGUGAAACAUAAGGGAUUAUUACACUAUAUCCUAUAGCAUCAGACUAUAGCAUCAGACUUUUGCCCCUUAAAAUCAAGAGGCAGGGGUAGCUGUUGUUCCAGACCAUUGCACACUGCAGUGUGAACCACAUGCUGCUUACCUCUCAUCUCACUGUGGAGCACAGUACUGCCCAGGUGUAGAAUGUGUCAAGGUGCUGGCUGAUGUUCUGCUGUCAUAGGUGAACUUCAGUGGUUGCACUUGUAUUCCAAGACCAAAGAGAAUAGUCAGAGACAGCCAAAGAAAUUGGAAUCAUGUCAACAUAUAAUAAAAAGCUCAGCCCUUAGUAGCAAUAUGUUGAAACUUCUGUCUUUAUAAGUUGACUUGAGCCAGCGUUUCUCUCAGGAGCCUUUUUUAUCUGAAUAAAAUUGGGGUUUUUUUACACGAAAUAUUUUUAUUAAUGAACAUGCCAUAGGAUGUAGCUUAGGAUAGAAUUAGAUUUACUCUCAAACUGUGAGAACUACAUAGUUAAAUCAAGUGAGUGAUACCUGAAAGAGGCAGCUAGAGGUUUUACUGGCAGCAACUAACACCAAUCUCUGUAGUACUUCUGAUGAAUUCAUCUUCCAUAACUGCUCUCCUUUAGUUAAUUUUUAAAUAGGUUUUAUAUGCUCUGCCUUUUACCUUCAUGGGUCAUUUGAUCUUAGAUGAACAAAGAUGAGGGAAAUCACAAUUGGGAUUGACUUUAUAUGCUGUUUUAGAACAAUAAAUUAGACAUAGUGAUAUAGGUAUUUUAUCUCAGUUGAAGAUAUGUGGAAUUCUUUGUUUUCUUCUCCCCAGAAUAUAGCUAUUAUAUUCUGCAAGGCGUCCCAAUGCCUUUUGAGUAUUUUCUGAAGAAAAGAACACAGACCAUUGAAGAAAAAAAAAGGCAUUUAGCAGCACUAAAAAGAAGAGUGAGAGUGUGUUGUAUGUUUUCACUCCCUUUUUUAGACUUAGGAUUGGAUCUCAUGUGUUUCCCUGUUAUGUGAGUAGCUACAGAAUGUGGAAAAAAUGUUCACAAAUUGCAGGAAGGAUACAAAGGAUUUGUUGGUCUCAAAAGAGAAAGAAAUAAGGCUACUUCUUUAUAUUGUAAACAGAAGUUUUACAUAUUUCUUACAUAUUGUAAACAGUGGAGUUGAUUAAUUCUUUUAUAUUUAUAAGGGUUUUAUCAAAAUAAAAUAUGGAUUUUA